AUGAGACCGACUCUUCAGACUCUUUGGCUUCUAAGCCUGGGCUAUGCAACCUCAGUUCAUGCUUUAGAGCCUCUUGAGCACCUGGGAGCUAACUCUCCAUGGUUUGCUGGACCUAAUGUCAAUAAGAUCUCGUCUGAAGUUCCAGAUCAAUGCUCCGUUGAUCAGGCGAUCUACGUUGUCCGGCAUGGCAGCAGAUACCCUGAUCCUGGUGCCUAUGCACAGUGGCAAGCGCUUUACAAUGCUUUCCAAUCCGCGAAAUUCAAAGCCUCUGGGUCAUUGAGCUUUAUCUCCGAUUGGACUCCGGUGUUGAGACACCCUGAUCAGCAGAUAGCGCAAGUCUCCCUCACUGGGUAUAAGGAACUGUACAACCUUGGAGUCGAUCUUCGGUUUCGAUACCCUUCAUUCUACGAAGACAACUCGCCAUUCUUGCUGUGGGCGAACGACUAUCAGCGCACUAUUGACUCUGCUAGGCUCUUUGCUCGUGGCUACCUCGGACCCAACUCCACCUACGGUGACAUCUAUGUCGUCAAUGCAGGCGUUGCAGCAGCCAUCGGCAACUCUCUUGCGACAUCCGACAAGUGCCCUAAGUUUAAGGACAUCAGUGGAGGAACCUAUGCCUCGACGUGGGACAAGAUUUAUCUGCCACCCAUCACCAAAAGACUCAACAAGAAGAUCUCUGGUAACCUCACUCUAACCGAUGACCAAGUCUCGAUUUUCCCGUACCUCUGUGGUUUUGAAACCCAGAUUACCGGCAGCACCAGCCCCUGGUGCGAUGUCUUCACGCCUAAUGAAAUCCUUCAGUACGAAUACCGUCAGGAUCUUCGUUACUACUACGGCACGGGUCCCGGCGCUGGAAAGAACAUGACCGUCAUGCUCCCCGUCCUCCAGGGCAUUGUCAACCUGCUCGAGGACGGCCCAGCAUCGACGACCAAUACGACCACCGGCACGAGCAAGCUCCCUCCUCUCAUCGUCGCCUUCACGCACGACAACCAGAUCAACGAGCUCGCCUCUCUCCUGGGCGUCUUCGACGAGCAGGAAGCCCUUCCCGCUGAUAAAAUGGAUAACAAAAGGAUCUACGUCAGCACUCGCGUAAACCCCAUGCGGGGGACCAUCGCCUUCGAGCGUCUCAACUGCACAUCCCACGGCAAGACCUCGGUUAAUGUCCGUAUCCUCCUGAAUGACGCUGUCUAUCCCGUUCCGUCUUGCCGCUCUGGACCUGGAAGCAGCUGCCCGCUCGACCAGUAUGCCGCGCUGGUGGCCAAGAAGAGGGAGCAGUACGGUUCCUUUGCGUCUGUCUGUGGCCUUUCCGAGGGCAAUGUUACCACCGCUGGUUCGGACGGAGCUGUGACUUUCUUCACUGACUUGACCCUUCCUUUCUUGAGUGUUGUCAAGCCUUGA